GCUUAAAUAGCCUCGAGCUAGUGCACGUGUGCGCGCGCGCCGAGGAUCGCACACCUCUCUAUAAAUACACGCCGGAGCGCGAGUGACUCCUGAGUGUCAACAAACCCGAGGUCGACAGCCAAACCUCCCGCGACGUUUUAAUAUUUCAGAGUGGUUCCUACAUGGAGCCUGUCGUCCGCCGUCCUCCGAAGAAACGGGCCAAGCGGUGCCUGGUCCCAGCCGUCGUCUUGGUCCUGCUCCUCAUCAUUAUCCUCGGUAUUGGUCUGGGAGUGUCGCUCAACCGGAGUUCAGAAACAUUUAAGACGACAUUCAUGGACAGAUGUCAGAAGUUUGUAGGAUACGACUGUGAAAAAGUAUGGGCUGCUUUCGAACAAUCCUACGUGGGGAAGGACCCCUGUAACGUUCCCAUGGAGGCCUACGACCCUCUCAUUGCUGCAGCUCCCUUCAAACCUGCAUGCAACAGAAUGAUGUUCUGGAGCAAAACGAAGGAUGUGGUUCAUGACUUCACAGGGAAGAAGGAUUGCUUUGUCACCCUGGAGGACACUCUGCUGGGAUCAGUGCUGGAUGGUCUGACCUGGUGUGGAAAAGAGGGCAGCAGUGAAACGUUGACAUCUGACUGCCCAGGAUGGACAGACUGUGACAACAACACUGUUCGCUCUUUCUGGAACCGAGUCUCAGCUGCUUUUGCAGAAGUUGCGUGUGGUGACACCACAGCAAUGCUGAACGGAUCCAUCGCCACACCUUUCAGUCCAUACAGUAUUUUUGGAAGCAUUGAGGUGAAGAGGUUCAGCUCCCAGAAGAUGAGAAGUCUGAAUAUUAUUCUGGUCACACAGGAGAAACAUGUGUCAAAUUGUACAAACCAAUCUUUGAAGGAUUUACAGAAAGAGCUGGAUGGAGGCAUUAAAUACAACUGCAAAGAAGUUUCAGAAGCUCAGAUCCAGGAGUGCAGCUCAAAGCCAGAGACCCCCUGUGGAGCCUGUUGGUGAAAAUAUGUGAGCAGAAAGUCUGAUUUCUCUCCCUGACAGGAAACAGACACAGGAGCUGUAAAGAAUAUUUGUACAAAGUUUAUUUUCAUGUCUUUUUAAAUGAAUGUCAUUUUUGUACCUGUGGGCCAGUUUCACGUCUUUAAUGCAUUAUUGACAAUGAUAAUAUUUUUCUAAUCUGACUAUGGACCUUUAUAUGUUUUAAAACAAGCCUGUGUAUGGCUGAGUAGAUUUUAAGAAGACGUAGUGCAGUAAAGUUGGGAUUAAAUCUCAUGUACUGUAGGGUUAAAAACCUCGGCUGCUAUCUAAUCAGCUCCAACUGACAAUCUCUCUCCUACCUGGUGGCACAAUUUGAUUUUUUUUAAUAAAAUGUGGAAAUAUAA